AUGGACAAAUGUCCACGAACUCGAGUCGCUGGAGCCCAAGUGUCUAGUCGGACCUCAUUGGCAUUUAAUGCCAUGUGUUUGGUUUGUUAUGCUCUUGUAGGAUGCAGUAAUCCAGGUAUUGUUACAAGAAUUACCAUGCCUCUAGAUGACACUUAUACAUACUGCGACUAUUGUGAUUCGUAUCGACCAGAAGGAGCUUUGCAUUGUAUGGAUUGUCGAGUGUGUAUUGAAGAAUAUGAUCAUCAUUGUCCAUGGACGAGUAAAUGUGUAGGCAAAGGGAACAUCCGUUACUUUUACGCAUGGCUUUUAUUUCUAGUGCUGGCGUUUGUUUACGAAGUUAUCGAGUUUGCAACGUAUUUGCUGCCACCCGAUGGUCCAGAAAGUUUCUUAGAUUCAUCAGAUGACUCUUUGGAGAUAAUUUUCCCCGUUAUCACACCCAUCUCACAUUUGUAA